UCUGAGAGUUUGAGAUCAAGCUGUCCAGGACAAUGCUAUCACCACUUUUGAAAUAAUUUCGACAAGGGUCUCAUUUUAGAUUUCCAAAUUCCCACAAAAUUGUAACGUAAGCUCUUUGGCUUGAUAAAACCUAAAAUGUCCGGCAAUAAGGCAUCCUCGUCCCGAGGACGACAUCCUGUGAUGCAGUUCAGCACCGCCAUGGGAACGCCGGAAACCAAGCGCAAGAUGCUCCUCUAUAGACGACUAUUGAGUCGGGAGUUGGCUCGAGAUGGCAAAAAUCCCCAGGAGAUUGCGAGGGCCAGAAAUCGAUGCCUUCAGGCGCAGGAUCAGGGCAGGUUUCCAAAUAAGUGAACAUAUCAAUCCAUUUUCAGAAUAAUUAUCGGCAGAAGAGUUUACGUUUUAGCAGUCGGAAACAAACAUUGCAUGUUUGCUUCUCCUGUUUCUUUCGGUCGUAUUUGAAUAAGAAUUAAAUUAUAAUUAAAUGGUUUUUAUGAAA